UGGUUGGCCGCUGGCAGCUGGGAUGACGUUGUUCUUGUUAAACGUUAACGGCUGAUGCAACGACACGUUUGGCAGAGGGUGGAGAGGUCGCGGCUGACUCCGGCCAAUGCUCCGUGGGAGGCAGUGAUUGGUUGAAUGUACGUGAGGGCAGACAAUGAGGGGCAGGAGAAGCCGGGAGUCGGUAUAAAAGGAGCGAGCGAUGGCAGGAGAUGAGAACAAGACCGACCCCGUCACCCUGUGUGGAGACUCCGGAGCUGGUAACCAACCCUGUGGAUCCUUCAAGUGUCUGAACAUGGGGCUGCAGAGAUGGAUAGGAUUCAUGGUCCUUGUGGAGAUGGUGUGGCAAGUCUCCGCAACUGGAACAGGUCCGAUCUCCAGAGAAUGGGGAGAGGAAGCAAACUUGCCCGGGUGGAACGCACGGGAGCCUCGGCAGGUCAAUGAAGAUCGGUUUCCAGACUGCCAGGGCAGGCUAGGUCAGCCUCUCCUAACUAGACAUAGUGUGAUCAUUGCAUCUCCGGGUAAUUCUGUAACGCUGUACUGUAAAAUAUCCAAAGAUUACGGUGCACUGGGCUCUGUUUCGUGGAGUAAAGAUGGUGUUUCCAUUGCCACAUUUAGGACCUUUGCGAAAUAUCAAAGGUCUGAUGUCCAUCGGUGGUUCGUGUAUCAAAACGUCAUCAUGCAUCGGGACGCCUCGUUGGUCCUUACACAGGCACAAGAGGACGAUGAGGCGAUAUAUUCCUGCCGUUGGACCACUUAUAAUUAUGGGAAGUGUGAAGAAGAGACCUGGCUGUUAAUGGAUUGAAAGCUUCCACUCAUUCAACAGGGCCCGCCCCAGGGUCAGUAGCAAAGUCUAGUUUAGUUUAGUUUAGUUCAGAGGUACAGCAGGGAAACAGGCCCUUCGGCCCACAGAGUCAAUGGGGACCAGUGAUCACCCCAUACACCAGUUUUGUCCCACACACUACGGACAAUUUACACUGACCAAUUAACCUGCAAACAUACACAAAACCAUCCACAAUGAGAACGUGCAAACUCUAUAUAAAUAGGGGCAACAUUUUUCUCAGAGGGUGGUGGGUGUAUGGAACGAGCUGCCAGAGGAGGUAGUGGAGGCAGGCACUAAAACCACAUUUAAUAGACACUUGGAUGGAUCCAUGGAUAGGAAUUAUUUGAUGGGGUGGCUGAGGACUGGCUUAGAUGGGGUAUAUGGGUCUGCAUGGGCGAGUUGGGCUGAAGGGCCUGUUUUCGUGCUAUGAUACCAAGUAGGGAAUAGUAAAGGUACAAAGAUGAGCAGCGUGGAAGGUGUGAGCGUGGAUCGCAUGCAGUGAGGAGAACUGACCCUGUUUGCACCGGUAAAUGUAUCAUUAAUGGAAAUAAACUCUCUCGAAGACAGCCGGUGUGAGUGAUUCUUUGUACGCCAGCAUUGAGUUGGGUGUGAACUUUGUGCAACUCUUGCUCACUACGGGCAACAUCGCCGGCUUCUAUGAGCUGUGUCCAACAUUGUUCAUGACCACACGGGGACGGAACAACAUGUGGAAAAUCAGGAGUCCGCAGAUGUUGAGAACAGGAACAAAAAUAAAGGGGAAUGUGGGAGACACACAGUGGGUCAGGCAGCAUCUGAGGGGGAGCAACAGAGGCAACGUUUCAGAAUGAAGAUCCUUCAACAGAACCGGGCAAGAGAGGAUGUUUGGCGGUGAAGUUAGGUGGAUCAUAUGGUCUCAGGUAUCAAGAGUCUAGAGGCAAGAGUGUUUAAUUGUCGUAUGUACCAACAAUGGGACUAUGAAAUCCUUAUGGCCCUGUCCCACGGUACAAGUUCAUCCCAAGAGCUCUCCCGAGUUUAAAAAAAAUCAAACUCGUGAUAAGCACGGAGAAUGAACGGAGCGGGGACGUCUCUUAGCGGCUUGUAACGCUAACGGCAGGUACUCAGGAAGACUCGCUAACGGCAGGUAAGCACGGGAAGACUCGUGAAGAUUUUUCAACAUGUUGAUAAUAGUCCACGAGAGCCCCGAGUACCGACGAGCGGCCAUUACCGUAAAUCUCCGAGUUCAGAUCAGGGCAAACUCGGGAGAGCUCUUGGAAUGAACUCGUACCGUGGGACAGGGCCGUUACCUGAAGCAGCAGAACAGGC